CUCAGAUAACCCCUGACACAGAAAAACUAUCCCCAUACGAAUGCGGCUUUGACCCUCUUGGAUCAGCACGCUUACCUUUUUCCCUACGCUUCUUCCUAAUUGCUAUUCUAUUUCUGCUAUUCGACCUAGAAAUCGCUCUCCUACUACCACUGCCCUGAGGAAACCAGCUGCCAGAUCCCUCAUAUACUCUACUAUGAGCUGCAACUGUACUAAUUCUACUUACAUUAGGCCUAAUUUAUGAAUGAAUUCAAGGAGGCCUAGAAUGAGCUGAAUAGGGAAUUAGUCCAAACAUAAGACCUCUGAUUUCGGCUUAGAAAACCACGGUUAAAGUCCGUGAUUCCCUUAUGACACCCGUAUACUUUACCUUUACCUCAGCAUUUACCCUCGGGCUAACAGGCCUGGCAUUCCACCGCAAUCACUUAAUAUCAGCAUUACUCUGCUUAGAAGGAAUAAUAUUAUCCUUAUUCCUAGCCCUAGCCCUUUGAAUACUACAACUAGAAGCUACCGCCUUCUCCGCCGCACCCAUUUUACUACUAGCUUUUUCAGCCUGCGAAGCUAGCGCAGGUCUAGCAUUACUAGUUGCUACAGCCCGAACCCACGGAACAGACCGCCUACAAGCCCUAAAUCUACUACAAUGCUAAAAAUCUUAAUCCCUACAAUUAUACUAUUCCCCACAAUCUGAAUAACCUCCCCAAAAUGACUAUGAACCACUACAACCUUCCAAAGUUUCACUAUUGCCCUAAUUAGCCUUACCUGACUAAAAUAUUUUUCAGAAACAGGAUGAACCUCAUCCAACCUUUACAUAGGCACAGAUCCCUUGUCAACCCCAUUACUAGUCCUUACUUGCUGAUUACUUCCUCUUAUAAUUCUAGCCAGCCAAAACCACAUCAAAACAGAACCUAUUAACCGUCAACGAACUUACAUUACACUAUUAGCCUCCCUACAAAUAUUUUUAAUUAUAGCAUUUGGUGCUACCGAAAUCAUUAUAUUCUACAUCAUAUUUGAAGCAACCCUAAUCCCAACAUUAAUUAUUAUUACCCGAUGAGGAAAUCAAGCCGAACGAUUAAGUGCAGGAACUUAUUUUCUAUUUUACACUUUGACCGGCUCCCUCCCUUUACUAGUAGCCCUCCUACUACUACAUACUGACGUAGGAACUCUCUCAAUAAUAACUAUCCAAUACUCCCAGCCCAUAAAUCUUCAUACAUGAGGAGAUAAAAUCUGAUGAGCCGGCUGUUUAAUUGCAUUCCUAGUAAAAAUACCAUUAUAUGGCAUUCACUUAUGACUGCCAAAAGCUCACGUAGAAGCCCCUGUAGCAGGUUCAAUAGUGCUAGCAGCAAUUCUAUUAAAACUAGGGGGAUAUGGUAUAAUACGAAUAAUAAUUAUCCUAGAUCCCCUAUCAAAAGACCUAGUAUACCCUAUUAUUGCUUUAGCCCUCUGAGGUGUAAUCAUGACAGGCUCUAUUUGCCUACGACAAACAGACCUAAAAUCACUAAUCGCCUACUCAUCUGUAAGCCACAUAGGACUGGUAGCAGGAGGCAUUCUAAUUCAAACACCAUGAGGUUUUACCGGAGCCUUGGUACUAAUAAUUGCCCAUGGCUUAGUAUCCUCUGCCUUAUUCUGCCUAGCUAAUACUACAUAUGAACGAACCCAUAGCCGAACAAUAGUAUUAGCCCGAGGCCUACAAAUUCUUUUCCCACUAACAGCCACCUGAUGAUUCAUCACUAACUUAGCAAAUCUAGCAUUACCCCCUCUUCCCAACCUAAUAGGAGAAUUAAUAAUUAUUACAACAAUAUUUAAUUGAUCCCCUUGGACUCUUAUCCUAACAGGAGCGGGGACCCUUAUCACUGCAGCAUACUCAUUAUACCUGUUCUUAAUAACACAACGAGGGCCCCUACCACAACAUAUUAUUAACUUACAACCUUUCCACACACGAGAGCACUUAUUAAUAACACUCCACCUUCUACCUGUUAUCCUCCUUAUUACAAAACCCGAAAUCAUAUGGGGCUGAUGAUACU